ACUUGAAAACAUUUCCAUCUGGCAGAACUUACCAGGAAAUCGAAGGUUUUUUUGUUCACAAAAAUAGAAAUUCGAACUUCUUUAGCACUGUAGCUAAAAUCUUAUGGGAUCUAUCACUCACUUAUCCAAAAGAUGUUACUCUCCUGAAUGAAAUAAACCAAAAAGCUGUCUUUAAACUUUGAAGCGACAUUCCCAAGAAGGUGGAAAAAAAAAAUGGAACAAAAUAAAAGCAUCAACGAAUGUGUUAUUAGUGUAGAAAAAUUGAAUGCUGAUAUUGUGAAUGCUUAUCUUCCUAUAAUAAUGUUUCUAACAAUUUCUAUGAUAAUUGGAGGAACUGGAAAUUUCUUUGUAACCUAUAUAUACUAUCAUAAAUUUUAUCCAAACGCUACAAAAUUAUUUAUUGUAACACUUUCAAUAUGCGAUUUUCUAAUUUGCAUAGUAUGUAUACCUAUGGAACUUAUCGUUCUAUAUUAUUCUUACAUUUUUGAGAGUGAUGUUGCAUGUCGUGCGAUACGCUUUUGUGUUUGUCUAGCCAUAAUCACUUCAGCUCUGAUUGUAUUUAGUAUAGCAAUCGAUAGAUACUUGCUUAUAUGUAAGCCUCUUAAAAAAAAAAUUAGCAUUCGCAAAGCAAAGAAAAUUCUGACAGUUUUAAUCACCAUUUCCUUUAUUUUGAGUAUACCAACACUUUUUUUGUACGGCCAACAGAUCAGAAUGAUCAGACAAUGUGGAAAUAUAGCAAAAGAUUGUUCUAUUUCUUCAAAUGUAAUUGACACAGUCUAUCCUGUAAUCUAUCAUAUUAUUCUGGCAACCGCUUGUUAUUCGUUAUUUAUUUUUAUCUUAGUAGUAUACAUACUGAUUGGAAAGAGUAUUUGGAACACUUACACAGCCAAGAAUUUUAAAAGAAGUAGUAUUUUUGACAUUUCAAUCACAACUGAACCCUCUACCCAAAAUGAAGGCAUGUCCACUGAUAUAUGUCCAAUAAAGCGCUCGUUCUCUUUAGUGAGUGUUAAAAGAGCGUCAAUGAAUCCAGUUAGAACCAGUUUCAUUUUGUUGACCAUUACUUUGGUCUGGAUGGUGACUUAUUUACCACAUUUCGCUGGAGCAUUCUUGAAGGUGUCUACUAAAAAUUUUACCAAUAUUACAAGUCAUAAAGACCAUGCCAUUUACAAAUCGUUACUGUAUUCUUUUUAUCUCAGCUCUGCUAUUAACCCACUUCUUUAUGGACUUUUUUCUAAAAGGUUUCGAAAAGAAAUGCGCUUGCUAUUUAAGACACUUUUCUCACGAGGUACGCAAUAAAAUAUCAAAUCUUCUUAAA